GGGAGCUACCUCCCCACUUCUAACGCAUCUAUUCCUACUAUGAGGAAUAAAAUUGAACGUUAGCUCCUUUAGCUCCAGACCGUUGGAUGUUAGCUCCUUAUGCUAGUUAUGUCACCGCAGUCACUUCAUGGUUCAACUCUGUAAAAAGUGUUUUUACAGCAAAUAACUUCAACGCAGUAGAUUCGACAUGGACGAGCAGGACACGGCAGCGAUCCUACCUGAAGACCUCCUCAGCGCCUCGUCAGCGGAUGACCAGCUGUCCGAUUCUGAGGACCGCAAAGACGAAGCCGGUUUACCGACCGCAACCACCCUUGCGCCGCCGUCGUGCCGGUGCCCUGUCCCGGUGUCCGUGGAGCCGGUGCUUUUCCUCUCCAUGUUCUCCCUGGCUCUCCAGGCCCCUCUGACCACGCAGUACCUGUGGGACCGAAUUAGCGAGGACCUCGGCUACAAUGGCUCCAGGAGGUCUGGGUGCAGCAACAGCUCAGUGGACCCGGACCCGCUGCAAAAGGAAGUUGAAACUCUGACAGCUCACUGGAACCUGUACAUCAGCCUCGGGGGUUUUUCAGUCGGGCUCGUGGUUGUCCCUCUCCUGGGCUCGUGGAGCGAUGUAGCAGGCCGCAGAACCGUCCUCAUCCUCCCCAACUUCGGCCUGGCGCUGCAGGCCGUGGUCUACCUGGUGGUGAUGUACCUCAAGCUGCCUGUGGUCUGCUUUCUGGUGGGCCGGCUGCUCAGUGGCCUCUCGGGGGAUUUCAACGCCGUUCUGGCCGGCUGCUUUGCCUACGUGGCGGACAUCAGCGACAAGAGGUCCCGCACCUUCAGGGUGGCGGUUCUGGAAGCUUGUCUGGGCAUUUCAGGGAUGUUGGCCAGCAUCAUAGGAGGCCAGUGGCGCCAGGCACAAGGUUACAUCAACCCGUUCUGGCUGGUCCUGGCCACCAACUUGGCCUCAGCUCUCUACGCCUACCUGUUCAUCCGAGAGUCCGUCCGUCCGGACCCGAGCGCCAGGCUCCUCUCCGCUCGCCACUACAAAGCCGUCUGGCGCCUCUACUCCACAGGAGGCAUCAGCGGCGGCGCGCCGCUUCACAGGGGCAAGCUGUGGCUCUACACGCUCUGCUUCUUCCUGGUGGUGGCCGUUCACUUCGGCACCAGGGAGCUGUACGUGCUGUACGAGCUGAGCUCCCCACUGUGCUGGGACUCGGCUCUGAUCGGCUACGGGUCGGCCGCUCUGAACCUGGCCUACCUGAGCAGCCUGCUGGGGCUGAAGGUCAUGCAGCGCUGCCUGCAGGACUCCUGGGUGGCUCUGGUGGGCCUGGUGUCCAACGUUACUGGGCUGGUGGUCUUCUCUGUGGCGCAUACCACCCAGCUUAUAUUCACAGGUUACGGCCUGUGUUUCCUCUUCAUGGCUUCCACUCCCGUCCUCAGGUCAAAGCUCUCCAAGUUGGUUGACCCUUCAGAACAAGGGGCCCUGUUCGCCUGCGUUGCCUGUGUGGAGAGCUUGUGUUUCCUCGUGGGCAGCAGCGUCUUUAACUCCCUCUAUCCAGCCACUCUGCAUUUCAUGAAGGGCUUCUCGUUCCUGUUUGCUGCCAUCGUCCUCCUCAUUCCUGCUGCAAUAAUUGGCGCUCUACAGUGUUUCGACCAGAGAAGGGAACACAGGGACUCUGCAUCCUGAGUGUUAAGAGCUGGUCCUGAUGGGACCCAUUUGUGGAGAUUCAGUACUCAUCUUGCCUGUGAUGCUGUUAGAAACUGGGAUCCUAACAAACAUGAAGGCUGCUAUUCUGCAAAGGGAUUCUUCCCCCGAAGUGACACUAAAACGUCGAGACCAAAAAGUGAAGAAACAACCAUGUGGGCUGACCUCCCUCGAUUUGUGAGUCAGUAGAGCUUCACACGAAGAGUUAAAGGUCUCACAUCGUUUAAAUCAAGAUGUUCAGGCACAUGAAUAUUUUAUAUACUGAUUUGAAAUGUUUUUGUAUGGCACUCUAUGUGCGUAAUAUUUCAGUGUGAAUUUAUUGACUACAAUAGCUAGCUACGGAAGCACAGUAUUGUUCAAUAAUAGCAACGUUCAAAUCAUCUUUUAUUUCUGAUUAUGUAUCGAAAAUGGAGGCAGCUUUGUCUGUGCCAGUUAAAUCGGUCUUUUAGAAAAAAUUCUAGAAAUUUUGCAAAAGGGAAAAAAAAAUAUUAUAUGUAAUAUUUAAUUCACUUUUCUUUUUUUUUUUUGUCCAUUUUAGGAUAAGUAAAGUAUUUUUUAAAAUUGAAUUUAAACUAAUUGUAGAUCAGGAAACCCUUCUUAUGUGCUGUAAGCAAAUGAUUUUUUUUUACUUGAAUCCUUGUUCAUAGUUUUAAAAAGCACUUUGCCAAAAGCUGUGAAGAAAAAACGAACAAUGUAUUCAUAUGAUUGUUUGUUUUGAAUUUUAAGUUUGACAUUUCUAAGCCAAUGAACAACAGUAAGCUUGAGUAUUGUGUUGGUAAUGUUUUUAUGCUGACAUUAGUAACCUAUCAAAAAAGAUAAUGCACAGCAGAUGGAAAACUCCAAAAGUAAAUGUGUUUGUGUGACGGUGGCUCAGGAGGUGGGAGUCUGUCGUGUAACGUGUGGGUUGCUGGUUCAAAUCCUGUUACUGGUUCGACACUUCACCUGCCUUUCCUGAUAGUUGUGUUCAGAGAACCCAGUUGAACGGUGGCCUCACCUCCGCCCGACUGCUGUGGCUACAAUGUAGCUUAGUACCAUCAACAUGUGAAUGACUGAAUGUUGUAUGAAGCACUUUGGUCCUCUGGACAAGAUAAAGAGCUACACAAGUACAUUUACUAUUUCUGUGUUUUUAUAUGCUGUAAUAAUUAUGCACCAGAUUUUGAUUUUGGACUUGGAUGAAAAGUAAACUGUCUGAUGAAAAUAUUUAACUUUGAAUCAUUUAUUUGCUCAGAAGUAAUUUUCGCAUUUCUGCUAUUUUUGGUCCAUUUAGUCAAACUUUCAUAACAAAUUGGAAGUUUCAAUGUAUUUGAUGAAUUUAUCUGGUUGACGGUAUGUUUUUUGUUUGUUUGUUUGUUUGUUUGUUUGUUUUUUUAGAAAAGCUAAUAAAAAAAUUAUAAAUACACAGUUUUUUAAUGUUGCCUGGAAAAGUGGAAGUAUGGAAAUUCCAGGUCUGGAUAAGAAUAGAAAAAGAAAAUAAAGUAUCAUAGGUAAAAGUGAUUUUUUGUAUCCCAUUGUUUAAAGCUUUUAUCGUUCAUUCAUCUUUCAUUUAUCAAUCAAUUUGUUUGUCCAUCCCAGUUGCUUACAGUCUGUUUUUUAAAUGUUCCAUCUAAAGCCUGACCACUAUAUUAAUUUUGCCAUUUGGACAUUCAUAUAUAUAUUUUUAAAUGGUUAAGGACUGUAAAUUAUGAAUAUUAGACACCGGACAUGUCUAUAAUUUGGAUAUAAUAUAUAAUGAAGCAAUUGAUCUAUAAUACUUACAAUUGUUUGUUUUUAUCUGUAAACCCACAUGUUACCCAGUAUAUUAUAAAGAUGUGGGGCAUUGAUACCAAUGUGGUCAUAUCACAGUGAACAUGAAAAAUGUGUGGUCUAAAUACUCCUGGCCACAAAUUUAAUUAUGCUGAGUUCAUUAAAAGCUAAUUAUCCCUUC